GGGGAAUUCAAUCGUUGCCCGGAAGUAGAGUCGGCGGAAUUCCUCCUCAGAUUGUUAUCGCAGCAGAAUCCAGCGCGAAGGAAGAGCAGUCAGUGUGAGAGCGGCUGAAAGCUGUGUUUAUAGACAUUCAGCGUUCAAAAAGAUCCCAUCCUUUGUAUUUUGGUAUUUAAAUUCCUCUGUCAUCGUCGUGUUCAGUAAGCGAACAGAAGGUGGUCGUGAAUGUUUGUAAAUAACGGACAGUAAGUUAGAUGUUGACAGAUCCAGGCGUGGUGUUUUGACAGAAGUGAUGCUUCAUCGCCAGAAUGGAGUCUUGGAUAUUGUAUUUAGUGCUAUUAGCGCCACUUUCUAUCCACUGUGCGGUGAAACCAGCAUCUGUUGAAGAAUACCUGAGAAAUCAGGAAGAGGAGCACGAGUUUGAUGAGCUCAGCUCCAUGCUGUCAGACUUCGAUGUGGUGCCUGCAUCAGAUCUCCAGCUUCACUCGGUCAAGAAGAGGGACAUUGAUGACGUGUCCCGAUCCCGUGUGGAGCGGCUGGUCAGCUUCACAGCACUCAAGAGGCACUUCAAGCUGUACUUGACAACCAACAUAGACCUUUUCACUGAGAACUUCAAGGCUGUAUUCUUAGACAAGAAUGGAAAAGAGGACCAAUUUGACAUUCAGUUACAGAAUUACUAUAAAGGACACGUAGUGGGAGAGGAGCACUCGCGUGUGCAGGCACACAUAGACGGGGAAGAGUUUUCAGCCCACAUUCUUACUGAAGAGGGUGAAUAUAAUGUAGAGCCCUUGUGGCGGUUUACAGAGUCGCCUUCUGAUGGCCGUUUGCUGGUGUACCGUUCAGAGGACAUUAAGAACAUCAGUCGACUGUCCUCACCAAAAGUGUGUGGAUAUGUGAAUGCUGAUGCUCAGGAGCUCCUGCCAGAAGAGGCAAGAGCAGCAGGACUGAUGCAACAGGAGGAGGAGCCUCACAACAUAGAGAGAAGAUCUACACACGACCACAAGAAGAACACCUGCCAGCUGCUGCUCGUGGCAGAUUAUCGCUUCUACAAGCACAUGGGUCGUGGAGAGGAGAGCACCACCCUCAACUACUUGAUUGAGCUGAUAGACAGAGUGGAUGAUAUAUACAGAAACACAUCCUGGGAUGACGAGUUUAAAGGCUACGGUGUGCAGAUUCACCAGAUUAUCAUAAACAAGGAGCCCACAAAAGUUGCCAAAGGAGAAAUUCAUUACAACAUGGAUGGCAGCCCAUUAGGAAGAAAGGAUGGUGUGUGGGAUGUGAAGAAGCUUCUAGAACAAUUCAGUUAUGACAUCGCAGACAACGCCUCUACAGUUUGCCUAGCCCAUCUCUUCACCUAUCAGGACUUCGAUGAUGGCACUCUGGGUCUGGCUUACGUGGCCCCUUCCAAACAGGGAUUGGGAGGACUCUGCCCUAAACCCUACUAUCCAUCACAAUCCGUCAAGAGACCCAGCUACCUAAACACAGGCUUGACAAGCACCAUGAAUUAUGGGAAAACUAUUCUGACUAAGGAAGCAGAUCUUGUAACAACUCAUGAGCUGGGACACAACUUUGGUGCCGAACACGAUCCAGACAACAUAGUUUCCUGUGCGCCCAGCGACGACCAGGGUGGCAAAUAUGUCAUGUACCCUAUUGCGGUCAGCGGAGAUCACUUCAACAACAAGCGCUUCUCCAGCUGUAGCAAGUUCUCUGUCAGUAGGACGUUAAGGCUCAAGGCCAAUCAGUGCUUCAAGGAGAGGAGCAGUAAGCUGUGUGGGAACUCCCGUGUGGAGGAGGAUGAAGACUGUGACCCUGGACUCCUUCAUCUCGCCGAUGACCCCUGCUGCACAGAUAAGUGCAAAUUCAGGAAGACGGCACAAUGCAGUGACAGGAACAGCCCCUGCUGCAAGAACUGUAGGUUUGAAAGUGCAGAUAAGGUCUGUCAGGAGACCAUCACCGCCACCUGCAAGGGCACGUCAAACUGCACAGGCAACAGCAGUGAGUGCCCCGCCCCUGGUAACCUGGAUGAUAAUAUAGAGUGUGUGGACAAGGGCCGAUGUCUGAAGGGCAAGUGUAUUCCUUUCUGUGAGGCCCUGCACAAUCUGGAGUCCUGUGCCUGUAAUGAGACUGAGAACUCGUGUAAAGUGUGUUGUAGAAGCAAAAACAAGCUGUGCACUCCCUUUGACAGUGCUGGGAUACAUCUUUACCUGCGCAAGGGCAAACCCUGCACCGUUGGCUUCUGUGACGGGGCCGGUAAAUGCAUGAAGCAAGUCCAAGAUGUCAUCGAACGUUUAUGGGACUUCAUUGACAAACUGGACAUCAACACAUUUGGGAAGUUCCUGGCUGACAACAUAGUUGGAUCAGUGGUGGUCUUCUCCCUCCUCUUCUGGAUUCCUCUAAGCAUACUGGUGCACUGUGUGGACAAGAAACUGGAUCAGCAAUACGAGGAAAACUCCAAAACCUUGAUGUUCCCAAGUAGUGCAGAGAUGAUGACCGGUCUGGAAUCGGCGCCCAUCCGCAUCGUGAAGGCCUCUCAUCCGCGACCUCAUCCCGCACAGGAGACGCUCGCCGGCCCAGACCCUGCCAACCUCUCCGCCGGACUCAAAGCGGAUCCGCUGCGAAUGGCCACAAUCGAGGAGGACCCCAGCGGAGACUCCUCUCACCUGGAAGAGGAGGACGGCUUCCGUCAAAGCGGCACAGCUGCCAGGUCCUUCGAGGACCUCACCGGACAGGCAGUGCCAUCCCGCGGGGACAAGAGACGGCUGACGAGACAGGCGCGCAUUGACAGUAAGGAGACUGAGUGUUGAGGACACUGGCCCAUGUCAAAAAUGACUUGAGCUGUGAGGAUCAGGGUGCAAUCAGGCUUCGUUUUGUUAGUGUAUGUGAUGUGUAAACUGCUGACACAAUUCGGCUGGUUCUUAGAAAUUUUGUAGCAUUCCUUUUAAUGCACAAUUGUAGUUGAGUGCAACGUAAAAGCAUGUCAGAAACUACCAAGAGAAAUGACUUUGCAUUUGGUCAAUUUAUGGAAUAAAUUGAACACCGCUUUGACCGACAUUUUAGUUUGGCUGUGAAAUACAACUCCGCAGUUUCAGAAGCCAGCAAAAAGACAAACGUCCAUGAGUUCAAAUGGAUAGUUUAUCCAAAAAUGAAAACGGUGUUAUUUUUUACUCGCCCUCAUGCCAUUCCACGCCUCCAGACUUUCUCUUGUGGAACCACAGAUGCAUGGAAGUCAAUGAGGUCAAAUAUUCUUUUGGACCCCAGUGACUUUUAUUGUAUCGACAGAAUUGUUCAUAAUAUCUUCCACUGUAGAAAGUAAAUAAUACAGGUUUGAAAAACCCAAUGUUUUAGCGAGAACCUUUCCUUUAAUCAUUUUACAUUUGCCCUAUAUAUGUCUGUUGUUACGGUUUAGGCAGUUUUUGUUGUUUUUAGAAAAUGAAGUACAAAUCAAAAUAAUAUUUGGUGGUAAUUGACAAUCACAGGUGCUGUCCUUAGAUCUUAAAGGGACAGUUCACCUUAAUAUUGAAAAUGAUGCUAUCAUUUACUCGUCCAAAAACCACAAAUGAAGAUAUUUUUUAUAAAGCCUGAGAGAUUUCUGUCCGUCAAUAAAAAUGAAUUCUGCCGAAACUUUUACACUUGAAAAUGUUCGUAAAGAUAUUAUACGAGUCAAGUGAAGAAAGACAAUCACUUUUUACUUGCUUUCCAUUUACCAUAAAUAAUGAGCUCUUCAUAGUUUGUGUGUUGGUCAAUAUUAUAGAUGAGAAUCCAAUCUAGCAUUAAAUGUCUGUGAUGAUUACAAUUUCUUUGUCAUCUUUUUGAAGUAUGAGAGUUUUAUGAGAAUGGAUUUUCGAUUGGAGAGAACGCAGCUUUCGAAAAGUCUUGUGGGUUUGGAACGACAAGAGGGUGCAGCUUGGUAAACUAUCCCUUUAACUUGUAUUUAAUAAUCUUUUAAUACAGUCAGUAUGUGCCUUGUAACAUACAUCCAGUAGUGCAAAUUGUUUUGUUUUUUUAUUCACGAAUACCUCACUAAAGACAUGAGCAGCAGGAGUAAUGCAUGACUCUGUACUUUUAAUGUUACACUGGUCGACUUGCUGAGAAGAUUCAGGCUAUGCAUGUCCUAUGCCAUAUGUUUAUGAAUUAAAUGUCAUGCGUGUUUGGAAACUGUAAGAUGAAAUGCAAUUCAUAAUGAGUUUUAUUUGACCAGUUCUUAAGGAUAAAUAAGAUUUUAUUUAAAAGAAAUUGCACACAAUUUUUUGCAUUAAGGUUUGCUCAGUUUAAUUUGUCCUACUAUAGCAUCUCAUGUCAUUUCAAUACAACAGUAUGAAUAUAUGAAACACUGAUAACAGAGCCGAGGGAUGUGCAUAUUUCAUAGAUUUUCUCUUUUUGCCACUAAAACGGUUGUAUAGAUGUGACCAAAAUGAACUGAUGUAGUAUUCCCCCACUGUGAAAUAUGACUUUAACUAUUACAGUCGAAUUUUAAGAUCUUGUAAAGUUUUACUGUGCCAUAAGUCGAAUGACUAAAUCUAUAUUUUGUAUCGUUUCUUACUUUCCUGUGUAUCAAAUCAGAAGUACGGUAAUUAAAACCUCUCACUUGGAUGUAGACAGCUGUAUCUGAUCAUAUUCUGCUAUCAUUCGGUGUGUGUGUUUUCGAUGUUUGGUUAUGUCACAUUUAUUUAACAUGUACUGUAUUCUUGGGGUUCGAAGCCACAUGAAUAAACUGUCUCUACACUGAA